GUAGCUUCAAGUUCCGAUUUAUUUAGCCUCGACCACCAACCUCCGCGAGAUAACAUGGAUGCUGCGACGGAUCAAUCGAUCUUGCGGCACGAGGUGUCGGAAGUGUCGUUCGGUUUCUACAGCGACGAUGAGAUCCGAGAUUUGUCUGUGAAGCAGAUCACCAGUCGCAUUUCGUUUGAUACACUCAAGAACCCCGUGCUCGGCGGUCUGUAUGACCCUGCGCUCGGUCCGGUGGACUUUAACAUGAUCUGCCCGACGUGUCACUUGACGCAAAAGGAGUGCCCGGGUCAUCUGGGCCACAUUGAACUGCCCGUGCCCGUGUACUCGCCGGUGCUGUUCACGACGCUGAUCAACAUUCUCAAGCGCAAGUGCUUGAGUUGCCACAAGUUUCGUCGGUCGUCGGCCAACUCGCGCGUUUUCCGCGUGCGUAUACUUCUCCUGGACAAUGGCUACGUGGAGGAAGCAGCGUCGCUGUUGCAGCUGCUGGACCAAAAGGACGGCAACUUUGACGAGAGCUCCACCCAGACUGUGCAGCGCCAGCAGGCGAUUCUGGACGAGUUCGAGCGGCUCGCGCUGUCUGGGUCGUCGAAAUCGCUGCCUCGUAACGCGCGCAGCGUCGAAGUCGAACGCGACGGGAUCAUCGCGUCGUUCCUUAAAGGCAUGACCAACAAGUGCGAAAACUGCGAGGCACAUUCGCCGUCGCUGCGGCAAGACUCAAACGCGAAAAUCUUCUUGAAACCGCUCAGUCUUCGAUCGAUCAAGCACAACCAGAGCCGCGCCGUGCGGCUGAGCUCGGCCUUUGAUUCGUUGUCGAAAUUCAGCACCAAGGGGGGGGGCAGCAACACCAACGAUAACGACGACGACUCGGACGACGAAGGCAUUAUCGACUCGGACGAUGAAGACGGCGACAAGGUAACGACGGCGGAUCACCAAGGCGGAGCCAAUCAGUACCUGGCCCCGUUGGAAGUGAUGUCGCAGAUUCAGUUGCUUUGGAAGCAUGAAGAAGGGUUGCUGGAGCUCAUGUGGGGCAACCGGUUGGUCGCCAACGGCCGCAGCCCCGACUCUGCCGCCCCUCUGGACGGCUGGCGCAAGUUUUUCCUGCAGGUGAUCCCAGUCGCGCCGUCGCGCUUUCGUCCGCCCGUGAUCAUGGGCGACUCACUGUUUGAACAUGCGCAAAACAUUUACCUUGCCAAGAUCAUUACGCUCAGCGAUCAACUCGUGAAUGUAUCGGGCAUGCGCCGCGGCGCCACCACCAACGACGCCACCAGUGAUACCAACUCGGGCGUCGACUUGUCGGAGAAAAUCUACCUCUGGACCGAACUCCAGACCCAAGUCAACUGUUUGAUCGACAGCUCCAAGGCCAAACGCCCGGACGAAGUGCCCCAAGGUAUCAAGCAGCUGAUUGAGAAGAAGGAAGGGCUGUUCCGCAAACACAUGAUGGGGAAGCGCGUCAACUACGCCGCCCGCUCCGUCAUCUCCCCCGAUCCGUACAUCAGCACGAGUGAAAUUGGGGUGCCGUUGAAGUUUGCGAAAACGCUCACGUUGCCCCAAGCUGUGACACCGUGGAACGUCGAAGAGAUGCGCCAGCUGGUUGAAAAUGGCCCCGACAUCCACCCCGGCGCCAACUUUGUCGAAAACGAGCGAGGCCAACUGAUCGAUUUGAGCAAACGAACGCACCACCAGCGUGUAGCGAUCGGCAAGACGCUCUUGACCCGAUCGGCGUCGGCGCAUGGAGCCCACCAGGAGCACAAAGUGAAGCGCGUAUGGCGCCAUUUGCACUCGGGGGAUGUGGUGCUAAUGAACCGCCAGCCGACAUUGCACAAGCCAAGUAUGAUGGCGCACGUCACCCGUGUUUUGACCAACCCUGCCAUGCAAACCAUCCGCAUGCAUUACGCCAACUGCAACACGUACAAUGCCGAUUUCGACGGCGACGAGAUGAACAUGCAUUUCCCGCAAAACGAGCUAGCCCGGGCCGAAGCCUAUACGAUUGCCAACAACGACAACCAGUACAUUGUCCCGACCGAUGGCUCCCCCCUCCGAGGGCUCAUUCAAGAUCACGUCGACUCUGGUGUCAAGCUCACCCAGCGUGACACGUUCUUGACCAAGGAAAUGUACAUCCAGCUCGUUUACAGCGCAUGGGCGUGUAUGGAUCACGAGCGCGGCGCGGAAAUCGUCGUGUUGCCCCCUACGAUUUGGAAGCCGACGCCGCUGUGGACUGGCAAGCAAGUCAUGUCGACGAUUUUGAACCUGCUCACGGCGGGUAAACCCAAACUGAACCUGAACGCCAAGGCCAAAAUCAAGGCCGACUUGUACGGCCCCCAGAACGCCGAGCACGUGGUCGUGUUUCGCGACGGCGAGUUGCUCCAGGGGGUGUUGGACAAGGGUCAAUUUGGGGCUACCGAGUUUGGGUGGGUGCACGCCGUGUACGAACUGUACGGUAGCGGCACCGCCGCUAAGCUGCUCACAGCGCUGGGGCGGGUACUCACGUGCUACCUCCAAUACGCCGGACAUACGUGUGCAUUGGAAGACUUGACAUUGACCGAGGCGGCAGAAGCCGAGCGCCGUCGCCUCGUACAGCAUGCCGUCGUGCACGGUGAAAUCGCAUAUUCAGAGUUUGCCGGAUUGACGGACGUAGCGGCGGCGCGCAAGGCCGAGGCUGACGCCAAACACGACUCGGUCCGGCUCAUGAACGACGACGAGCGCGCCCAAAUCCGCGACACGAUGCAGAAAAAAAUGGCCGAAGACUUGGACCAAACAUCGGCGGGGCUGGAUUCGCACAUGAUGGGGUUUGUGCACGGAUCGAGCUCGGAUAUUAUCAAGGCGUGCCUACCCCACGGCCAAAAUAAAUCAUUUCCAGCCAACUGCUUUAGUCUCAUGGUGCUCACGGGGGCCAAGGGAAGCAUGGUCAACCACUCGCAGAUCUCGUGUGGGUUGGGCCAGCAGGCGCUCGAAGGGCGCCGCGUGCCCGUGCUCGUGAGCGGCAAGUCACUCCCGUCAUUUGAAGCGUAUGAUCCGAACCCUCGUGCCGGCGGGUAUAUUACCGACCGAUUCUUGACGGGGUUGCGGCCGCAAGAGUACUACCAUCAUUGCAUGGCGGGGCGCGAAGGGUUGGUGGACACGGCCGUGAAAACCAGUCGGUCGGGGUACCUCCAGCGAUGUUUAAUCAAACAUUUGGAGGAUUUGCAUGUCGGGUAUGACCACACGGUGCGCAACGGCGAAGGCACGGUGGUGCAGUUUUUGUACGGCGAAGAUGGCAUCGACCCGAUGCAAGCCGCCUUCUUGAGCGGCAAACCCGACCAGCUGUCGUUCCUGGCUAUGAACCAUGCUUCGCUCACACACAAGUUUGGCAUCUCGGGCGAAUUCCUCGAAAAUUCGGGCCUGGAUCUCGUAGAGCCAGCCCAUGUCCACCAACGCAUCAAGGACGCCAAGCGCUACGGGUACGACCGCGUGAGCGCGUCCGUGGGGCUGGAAAUGCACUCGAUGAAGGCGGGCCUGACGAUCCAAGCUCGGCGGCUCAAGGCCGGGGCGUCCAAGUGGAAGAAGGGCUCGUUCGAGCUGGGCUGGCACACCGCCGUGAUUGAACAUGUCGACACGACGGGCGAGUACCCUGUCUAUGACAUUCUGUACGUGGACACGGGCAUGACGGCGUACAAGGUGCCGCAGUACAAGCGGUUCAAGGCGAGUGAAACCAUCACGCCCGAGCUAUCGUACCUGAGCGGCACGGUGCAGCUGCUGCGCCCCAUCGUGCCAGAUCCGGUCAUGCACCAGCUGCCGCUGAACGCGCACAUUGGGGUUAUUUCCGAGAAGACCCAGCUCGAGAUUGAAUCGUACGCCAAGACCAACCCCGCGGGCCUUCUCGAGUCUAAAAAAACAAAGGCGUUGCCCGUGGAAGCGCAGUCGCCCAUGAUGCUAUCGCCGUUGGGGUUUCGCCUCAUGGUGUGGGUCAAAUAUAUGCGGUCACUGUGUCAACCGGGCGAGAACGUUGGCACGAUUUGUGCACAAAGUAUUGGGGAACCGUCGACGCAGAUGACACUCAACACGUUCCACUUGGCCGGGCACGGCGCCGCCAACGUCACGCUCGGGAUUCCGCGACUGCGUGAAAUCAUCAUGACUGCGAGUCAAAAGAUGUCGACGCCCAUGAUGACAGUGCCGUUGCUGGCGACCACGUCCCCCGCGGCGGCGCAACAGGUCGAGCAACGCCUGAACCAAGUGCCCUUAUCCGAACUCAUCCGGAACGUCAAGGGCAUCCGGGUGACGGACGAGUUCAAAGAAAGCGCGACGCGAGUGCUGUGGGUGCGCGAGUACACGAUCCGGCUAUCGUUUUUCAAAGCCAAGGCGAUUCGGUCGGCGUUUGGGAUUUCGAUGAAGGAGGUGCACCGCAGCUUUGGGCGCGUGUUCGUGUCGCGGUUGCUCACGUUGCUCAAGCAUGAGAUUCGAAAGAGCGGCGUGGCUCUUAGCGUGUCUCGCACAAUCGACAACGAUAUGGACAACGCCUCCCCGAGCCACGUUGGCCGAUUCAGCAAGCAAGGCAACGACGACAACGAGGACGACGAAGAAGCCCAAGGCACGAUGCGCUUUGGCGCUAAAAAGGAAGCAUCAGGGUACGGUGACAUGGACGACGAAGACCAGCAGAUCCUGGCGCAGCAACUUGACGACCAACCGGCAGUCGCCACACCCAGCGGCGGCUCGGAUACGGAAAACUCGAGCGAUGACGACGCCGACGACGCCGCGCCCCUCAAACCUGUUGCGGGGGAGCUCGACCCGGUUGCCGUGUCUGAAACUGUUCGCAAGAGUCCAUACUUUGCCGGCGCUGGCUUCAACUCGAAGGAGCAAUUCGGCGAACUCAAACUUCGGUUUCCUGCCAACUUCAAGACGCUGCUCUUGGUGCCGUUGAUUGAAAAGGUGGCCAACCAAGUGCUGGUUCGGUCGUGUCCAGGCAUUUCGCGCUGCUACCAAGUAAAACAGCGUUUCAACGGCUCCGACGUCGAAGAGCAGUGCAUUCAAACGGCGGGGCUCAACUUUCAAGCGAUCUGGGAACUGGACGACGUGCUCGAUGUGAACCGCCUCGCGACCAACGACAUUUACCAGGUGCUGCGACACUACGGCGUAGAAGCCACGCGCGCGUCCAUCUCCAAGCAAAUCCAAGACGUGUUUGGCGUGUAUGGCAUCUCGGUGGACCCGCGCCACUUGAACUUGCUCGCCGACUAUAUGACCCACCACGGCGACUACAUGCCCCUCAACCGAUCCGGCAUGAUGCGCAAAGGAUCGAGUUUCCAGCAGAUUACGUUUGAAACGUCCAUGAAGUUCCUCACGGCGGCGGCGACCGGCAAUUUGGCAGACGACAUGGACGGUCCGUCGGCGCGCCUCGUGCUGGGCCAACCCGUGAAGCUAGGCACUGGCAGUUUUUCGCUCUUGACCCCCAUCUCGCUCUAACGAGUCGGAACCUACAGUCGUAGACGCGGAAUACGAGUACGACUACAGCGAGGGCCACCACUACGAUGACUCUUUAUAUAAUCUAGAUUGUGUUUGACCUA